GUCAUGCAGUCAGGAAAAGCGCCAUUUAAUCGGGACGGUAGAUAUUUGGGCGGACCAAUUGAUUUGAAUCGCUGUUUGCGCUGCCGCUCCACUCUGUCUUGCGUUGCUUGACCUAGAUAUCAUUUCUUCCUAUAUCUGACAGACACAGUGUUGUCAUCCUUUUUUUCUUUAUUGGUUUCCAAACAGGACUUCGCUGCAUUUAUCACUGAAUGACUAUCAGGAGAACACAAGUAUUAUGCUUGUUUAAUAUCUGUCGACGAAGCUUCGCUUGUGUUCUUAAUAGACUUGAUAAAGUCUCUAUUUUUGCUUCAUGGGAUGCAUGUGAACAUAAAUUUAAAAGCCAGUUAGAUCUUCGAAGUAUUCCGACAGUUUCAACCAUACUCAGUAAAACAGCAUCCCUGCAGAGUACAGCUGCACUACGAAAAUGGCAGGAAAAGAAAAAAAGUGAGCUUGGUGAAGAUGGAUUCCAGGAGUACAUGCGAGGACUUCAGCUUAUAGGAAAAAGUGUUCAUUCCAGCAUUGAAGCUCGACUUCUUAAGGGUGAAUUUCCUUCUAAUCUGCCAGAAGACAUCUCCAAGUAUUGCGAGAGUUUGAGCUACAUUUUGGAUGACUUAAGGUCUACUGCUGUAGAAACUAAUUGUCUUCAUCCCCAGCUUUUGUAUCGCGGAAGGUUCGAUAGCAUAGUUUUUCCGAAAAACAUAGAUGAACCCAUUUUAACUGAGUGGAAGACAGUGCAUGAAUGCAAACGAAUAACAACUAUUGAUCAGACUUACGACAGUCCACUGCAAGUUGCUGCAUAUAUUGGAGCUUACAAUUUUACACGUUACCCUUCAUCUCCACUGGUCAAAAAAGGUAUGCUGAUUUAUUCAUAUGGCGAUGGUUAUCCAGCAUCACGAAUUGUUUUGAAUGAGACUGACCUGUUACACUAUUGGGACUUGUGGUGCGAACGUGUAAAAGCUUAUCGGGAUCAGUUUUGUAAUCCUCCAAAUGAAGAGUGAAAACAGUAGUAUUACGCACACUCAACAUGUAUUAUUGCGCCAUCCAUCCAUGCAAACCAAGUUCUAUUUUGGGAAAAUUCAAGUUAUUUGUACCAAUCUCACAAAAUUAUUAUUCACACAAGAUUGUAUUCGUGUAAUAUAUAUAGUAUAACCACU